UUGACAUCCAUGUCAUUGCAUACACACACACCAGGAGAUGUACAGCCAUCACAGGCAUCACAUAAUCUCAGUUUUGAGAAUGUACAGCCACCACAUACAUGGCUUGCAUCUCAGGCAUCAUAGGCAACACAUGAUACUAAUAGAGAUUUGUAGAUCUUGUAAUCUACCAAUCUACCAGGCAUCCAAAUAGCAUGAAAAUCUUUAACUCUGGCAAAACAGCAAUUAAGGUUCAGGGCUGGACACAUGUAGUCCUGCAUUUUCCAUCCACACUGAUUCAUUGACAAUAGCUAUAUACCAGACAUCCCAAUAGCAGCAAAAUCUGUAGAUCUGUAACUCUGUCAAUACUGCAAAUUAGAAUAGUACCAUGUAAGGUUCAGUGCACAAUUUGAAAUAUACAGAGAGAAUACCUAUGUUGCCAACCAGUAAUAUAUGGCAACCAGUGUGUUGACAACAAUUUGAGAAAGUUAGUAUGAUGACAACCAAUAGAUUUUCGCUGACAACAAUUCGAAAUUGGUAACUUCUGAGAAAAUUAGUAUGUUGCCAACCAGUAAUAUAUAGCAGUAUAACAUCCUUACCUUAAUUUUAUAGUUUUCAAUGAACAACGAUUGUGGCUGACAAGAACGCAGUAAUAUAUGUUUUGGAAUAAUAAAGUGUGCAUGCCUUCAAGUAAUUUACCAUCUUGUGCAUGCCUUCAAGUAAAUUACCCUCUUGCUCAUGCGCCAUCUUUCUGGAUUUCAUCUUGCAUCUACUAUCUCCAUCCAAGUCAGGUUUCCUUUAAGUUUUUUCAAGGCCUCAAAAACAUCUCAGACAAACACAAUUUGGAGAUAACGGUCAUUACAUUUGCGAAUGGGUAAUGCAAAAAGCAAGGACGGUGAACAUCAACUAGAAGAGGUCGUUCCUACAGGUCAGAUUAGCGGUACAAAUCAUGAAGAAUACAAUGCAACCUUGAUUCCCUUUGAUGAACUAGAUGGAGCUAAUUACGCGACGGAACCCGCCCCUUCUAGCGAGACAAAUAUUAAAGAAUCUAAUUCAAGCAUCGUAAACGUAUCUGGAAAUGUUGACCCAAUAUACACGACGGAAACAGCCCCUACGAGCGAGACAAAUUUUAAAGAAUCUAGGGCAAGCAUCGUAAACGUAUCUGAAAAUGUUGACCCACGAUACACGACGGAAACAGGUACAUCAUUGAACAGAAAUUU